AUGUCGGAUUCCGUUGAUCGCGUUUUCGUCCAUGCCUUGAAUACCGUUAAACGCAUCCCUCGGACGGGCACCGCGCGCCCUCCGACGGCGGAGCGAUUGAAGCUAUAUGGAUUAUACAAGCAGAGCAUGGAAGGAGACGUCGAAGGAGUCAUGCACCGUCCCGUCGGGAAUACAACAGAUGUCUACGCGGAGUGCGAGAAAUGGGACGCCUGGUUCGCCCAACGCGGCGUUUCGCGCACAGAGGCCAAACGCCGCUACAUCUCCACGUUAAUCGAAACCAUGCACCGCUACGCGUCGCAAACUCCCGAAGCGCGCGAACUCGUGGCAGAGCUCGAGUUCGUCCGGGACCAAAUUAAGACCAACACCGCACAUUUGCCGCUAUCAUCGCCGUCCUCACCUGGGUCAGGAAGUCAUGGGAUGUCGCAUACGCAGAGAGUUGGGGUUCCGCCGCUGUCGCCGCCGGAGGUACGGCAGUCGCAGUUGCAGGCGUAUUCGCAGUCGCGGUUAUUGCAGCAUCAGCAGCAACAACAGCAACAGCAGAGGGGAUAUGCAAAUAUUGGGGGGCGGUUAGCGCAGCCGUAUGAGGAUAUGGUUGCUAUUGCUACUGCGAAUAAUGGAAGGGGAGAGUCGUCAAGGUUACGAGUGUUGAGUCCUGUUAGUCAACCGGAUGAGAUAUACCAGCGGCGGGGAAGGCGGAUGCAAGAUUAUGAGGAUAACGGGAGCCAAGGUCAGCACCUCGAUGACGAAGACGAGGAGGAGGAGGAACAAUACGAGGAGGCGCAGGAUACUCUUUACGAUGAAAAUGACGACAACGACCAGCAUCACAGCAAACAUACCUCCGAUGAGGAGCUCAACCAAGAUGGCGAAAACUCGUCAUCCUCUGUCCAAAAACAUCACGGCAGCAAACCGUCCCAUAGUAACGAUAACAACAACGACAGCACCCGCAAAAGAAGCAAAACAUCAGACACUCGUCGCUGGCGACGGAGAGUCGAGCAGGCCUUGACUAAAAUGACCGCUGAGAUCGCUGCUGUUCGCGAACAAAUGGAAACCCGCGCCAUCCAACAGCGUCGCCGCAACAGCGCGUGGGCUUGGGUGAAAUGGCUGGCGUGGAUAAUCCUGCGGCAGGUUCUUUGGGACUUGGCGGUGCUGGCGAUGCUGUUGAUUUGGAUGCGGAUUAAGGGGGACAGACGGGUGGAGGAGAAGUUGAAGAAGGGGUGGAGUGAGGUGAGGAGAAUAUUGGGGAGGUUGAGGAUGCCGAGGGGGCAUUCUGGGGUUAUGUUGCCAUAA